CGUGAAAUGACAUAACUAUAACCUCAAAGUUCUUUUCUCAGGUAGUUCCUGGCUGCCUUUGAGGUUUUGAAAUAAGUUCAGUGAUUCCUGCCGUAAUUAAAGCGGGAUUGUUUCUAUUAUUAAUGUUUUAAAGAUACCCCGAAACAAAAUGUCUUCGCUUUUAAGGUCUACAAAGUUUGUGCGGUACUUUACUGGUGCGGCCCGAACGCUUAUCCUGAACUCGGCUAAGACCGCUGAAGCGAAUUCUUUAAUUAAUCCUAAAGCUCUAUGUGCCGCCAAUAAUGUUUUAAUGAGAGACUAUGCAACAAAGAAGAAGGAGAGCUUAGAACCCCUGCUACAGAAACUAGAUGCUGAAGUGCGUAAAUUUGGAAGAAUCACAAAAAAGGACAUUGAUGAAGUAUUUGACGAAAUCAGGUCCAAAAAUGACAUCACCAGCUCACAAUCACUGUUGGUCAUCAGAUGUUGUGGUGAGUUGGUACCAGAAGAAUUACCGGAACAAAGAACUCUACUGGUACAAAAGAUAUGGAGUGUUCUCACUGAAAGAGGCAUACCUAUGGACAUCUCACACUACAAUGCUUUGUUGAGGGUCUACAUUGAAAAUGAGCAUCAAUUUUCUCCAGCUAAGUUUCUUGAAGAGUUGGAGAGAAAAGGAUUGCAGCCUAACAGAGUAACAUACCAAAGACUGAUGUGGCGUUACUGUCAAGAAGGUGAUGUUGAAGGUGCCACUAAAGUGCUGGAAAAGAUGAGAGAACUCAGCAUGCCUGUGUCUGAACCCGUGCUGAAUGCUUUAGUAAUGGGCCAUGCGUUCCAUGGUGAUACUGAUGGAGCUAAGGCUGUUCUCCAAACCAUGGCUGGAGCUGGACUCGAACCUUCAAACCGAACAUACACACUGCUGGCAUGUGGGUAUGGCAAGAAAGGUGACAUUGACGGAAUUGAGGCAACCAUCAAAACUGCAAAUGAAAAAGAAGCUAUAAUGACUGACAGAGAUGUUCUGGAAGUAAUCGAACAUAUGGCCACCAGCGGACAUGGUGAUAAGGUAGAACAACUGAUCCCCUACUUGCAAAAAGGUUUAGGAUAUAACCAAGAUGUGUGUAAUGUCAUACUGAGGCUACUAAACAAGGGACAAGAGGAAACUGCCAGGAAAAUCAUGAAAACAAUGCCAAAAGCAACCAAUAUUGAAGAUACUCCAUUUAAGGGUGCAUUCUUCGUUAAGCAGCUGCUGAGACUUAACAAACCAGCUGAUGAGGUUAUUCAGACCUGCAGGGAGUUGCAGAAUGAAGGUCUUGUGCCAAGUGCCUUAUUUAUCGCAACAGAAGGAGCCCUUCAACAUGGUCAAGUGGAAUUAGCGCAAAAGCUUUUCACAGAAUUAAAGAAAGAGGGUCUAGAAAUAAGGCCACAUUACUACUGGCCUUUGCUGGCUCAGAAAGGCAAAGAAAAUGAUGAAGAGGGCUUACUGCAAAUCUUAAGAAAUAUGGCCAGUGAAGGUAUUAUGGCAACUGGAGAAGCUUUGAGGGAUUAUGUUAUUCCAUACUUGAUAAAGAAUGGCACUCCACAGAAUGUUAUAGUCAAACUACAAAUCGCGAAUAUUCCAGCUAUACAUAGUGCAAGAAAUGUGAUGGUUGAACUCCUAGAUUCAGGAGACCUGAAGAGUGCGGCUCAAAUCGCUCUGCAAUACCGUCCGAGGGGCAACUACAACCUCGUGUCUAGGUCCCUCAUCCAAGCAGUGACGAAAACUAAAGAUAUUAACUCAUUUGUAUCCAUACUUCAUGUUCUUUGUAGCAAAGCCCCAGGUGCGCAAGCUGAAGAAGAAUCCGCCAAUGACGAUGCACAAAGCGAGGAAAAACAGGAUAUCUACGAAAUUAGCCGCAUCGUCAAGACGUCCAUAAAAAAUUUGGCCAAACCGGAAUACGCAGAGGCACUUCUCCAAGGUAUUUACUCUAAAGGCUUAAGAAUAACAAAUGAGGCGGCAGAAGAAAUCCAACAGUUUCAUGGAGAAAAAAUGACGACCACGCUGUCGGAGUUGCUAACGAAGUUAUCGACGUCUAAAAUGGAAUUGGUACCUAUUGAGGGUCAGCGCAGGUCGGGUGCCCCCAGAACUACGGCGCAAAUAGAAAAUCAGCUAUCUCAACUCAAGAGCAAGGGCGCAAACAACUUAAACCGUAUUCAGAAGCAGCUACUUGUAGCUUACAUAAAGGAGAACAAUGUCAGCAAGCUGAACAGUUACUUAGAUGAUUUAAAAACAACAAACUUCGAACUAACACCAGCAACAUUAGCUCAGUUAUUCGAGUUUUAUUGUGAAAAUGAUGACAUUGAACGGGCUGACGCUUACAAAAAGCAGCUAGCCGAAAAGGACCCGGAGUUUGUUCUAAACAAAUAUAAAAUAGUGUUAAUGGCGUACGCCUUAAUUAGGGCCAACAGAUUCAAUGAGGCUGUGGAGUAUUUGAAAACUAAUAAGCUGACAGAAGAGAACCCAGGCUUUAUGUUGAACUCGAAAUGCUGGCAGAUAUUAAAUACAUUGGCAGAACAGAAAAAUGAGGCACAGGUGAAAGAAAUGACAAGCACACUACUUGACUGCAACUACAUUGAGCCCACAAAUGUGAUUUUGGGUCCUUCCAUCAAAGUACACAUACUGAAAGAUGAUAUUGAUGGUGCAUUGAAAGAAUUUGAAAAUUGUUGUAAAAAAUUCAGAAGUACUCCUUGGAAAGGCGAACUGAUGAAAGCAUUGAUCAUGAAGGAGGAUGCUACCAAACUGCAGUGGUUGGCCGAUCUUAGUACACAGGUGCAUGGAGAAGUGAACAUCCUGCAUGACUUGGUGCUCGCGUUCGUAGAGUGCGGCCGCUUGCGUCAGGCGCGGCGGAUCCUAGAGACGCCCGGCUUGCAAACCCGACACCGACGACUUGAUGACGCCUGCCAGAGAUAUGUGGAGGAAGGGAAAUCUGAAUAUCUUGAAGGUCUACUCGAAGCUACAAAGGAAUUAUCACAUAUUGACCGCUCUAACAUUUUCUAUCAUUUACUCGUAACUUACUGCAAGGCUAAUGAAACUGACAAGGCCCUCGGUCUUUGGACAAUUUUGCAAGAAGAAGGCGAAAUCCCCAGUGACCAGUUCCUUUCAUAUCUCGGCCAACAUUUGAAAUCAAAGAAUAGGGAGGUCCCGUUUAUUAUACCUGACCACAAACCCGUUAAAACUGUCAAUAAAAAAGGCGAUGUUGUUGAAAAAAUUGUUGCGAAAAAGGAACCACAGAAACCAACCAAAAACGAUGUGUCUGUUCAUAUCGAGACCAUGAUUAAGGAUGGGCAAUUGUCGCAAGCAAUGGAUACCGCUAUCAAGUCUAUUGAACAUGGAGUGAUGCCUAAGAGUAGCGUCCUGAAAUAUUUACUGAAAUCUUUGGCUGAUGAAGGAAAUGUGGAAAAAAUUCAACAAUUGGGCAAAUACAUUAACGAUUCACAGAAACGGAAUGUGACAUACGACGAUAAGUUAACAAAGGCUAUAUUCGCGAGAGGAGCUGGGUCACAACAUGUUGACAAUUUACUACUUGCAAUAAAAUCGUCCAAAUCAGAAGAGGAAUUAGAUAUUGCAUUAAGGAAAUUCCCGAGGAGUGGUGCCCUUGCUGACGCAAUUCAAGAUACAGAGCUUGUGACUAAAUGCACUCAAAUAGCCGAAAUAGCAGCAGAAAAAGGAAAGUUACUCCCUGCCAAUUUAAUAUGGAUGGAACUCCUAUUAGCAGGCAAAGACAAAGAAGCUGAUUUAAUAUGGUCAAAAUGGCUGGUCAAUGCACCAGUUGUUAUGUUCAGAAGAUUAUUGCAGGAGUGUCACACUAGAAAACAACCAGUACUCAUUGAAAAAAUGAUCAGCACAUUGAGAUCUAAUAAAAACUUAUCACAUGCGUCGUUAGGCAAUGCUUACUCACGCCUCAUAAAUUAUUACUUGGUGGAAAACAAUUCAGAAAAGUGUGAGGAAGUUUUAUCUGAGGCUCUAAAACUGGGCGUGAAGACUGAACACUUAAACAAAACCACUUUGACACGGCUCAAGGGUGCCGUAGAAGAGGCCGGAAGGGUGUUUAAGUUCUCUAUCUGAAUUUAAGUAGUGAUAAGUCACCUUGCUUCUUGCAUUUCAAUGUUAAAAUACCACGAAUGUUCAUCUACUAUCCAAAGUAUUGUAUUAUGUAGUAUAUUGUACAAUAUUCAUUUAUUUGUUGAUAUAUCUUAUCAUUGUUAUUUUUUCCAACAUAUUUUAUGUUUAACAGCUUGGUUAAAUAUCAGGAUUAUUUUUAAGAUGCCAUGUUUAUUGUCGCCCUAUUGUAAAGAAUAUAAAUGAUUAUUGACUAACACUAAAAUUAUGGAUGUUACAAGGAUAUUGAAUUGCAUCUGUAGUAGUUAAUUUUAGUUACGAUUAAAUUAUUAGUUAAUA